UCCUUCCUGCCUACCCACACUGUCCCUGCCCUCAGGCCACUCCAGCAUCCGGCGGGCCAGGAACCUCAGACGAUUUCUUGCCUCUUUUCUCUCUCCUCCAGGGGCCCUGUUUGAUGUCCCCAUCUGCCCACAGCGCCUCUCGUCCCAGCUGCUCCUCCUGUCCUGCCCUUGCUCAGACCACCCGAGCAUCAUCCGUGCUCUGGCCCCUGGCCACCAGGUCCACCCCACAUGCUGUCCUCACAGGUGGCGCCUCGCCAUUCUUGGGGACCAGGGCCUCCUUGUUCUGGUCAUACACAAUGGGGUGUGAUCAGCGACAAGUGAGCAGGUCUGCACGCCAGAUGGGCCGAGAAAAAACCAGAUGGGCCGAGGGUGGCCAUUCCGGUGUCAGUGUGGGGGUGUGAGGGAACGUUGCAUGGGGUGCAUGUGGGCUGGGUGUGGCGUGCGGCGGUGUGGCACCAGGCAGGCGGCUUGGCGGGGCCCACGAUCAGCGCAUUUCAGACCAUUAGGAUGGUUAAAACCGUUAACUGCCUGUCGCGGCGAGGGCGGGGCCCUGGGGAAGGGACGGAAUCCCAGUUGGUCGAGACACCAGGGGCGGGGCCGCGCGUGCUGCCAUUAGGACCGUUAAAACCGUUAGCUGCCUGUCGUGGCGGGGCGGGGCCCUGGGACGGGACGGAAUCCCUAUUGGUCAGAAGAGGACCUGGGGGCGGGGCCGCGCGUGCUGUGGCAGCUGCAGCUGGACGCGGCCACCUCGAAGCCACGUCAGGGCAGCCCCAGGUCGGGCGCGCGCCAGCAGCAAGAGGGACAGAGUCUUGCUUUGUUGCCUGGACUGGAGUGAAGUUUUGGGAUCAUAGUUUACUGAAGCCUUGAACUCCUGGGCUCAAGUGAUCCUGCCGCCUCAGCCUCCUGAGUAGCUGAGACUACAGGUGUAUAACUGUAAGAAAUGAAUUUUAAUGUCUGGAAUAUCAAAGAGAUGCUCAGUAUUCCUUCAGGCUCUGGGAACAAGAAGUUAUCCAAUUGGAAUAAUAAUCAAAAUGAUUAUUCCAGUCUCAGUGAUUCCCAGUUCCUCUUUGGAUCUCAGUUCUGUCCAGAAAAUUCAGAAACCCUAUCAGCACCCUUGGACUUCAGUGCCCACUUGAGACAUUCAAAACAGUCACAACAGAAUUCUCUGGAGGGUGAACCUAGCAUUUUCACAAAGUACCAGACAAAGCCCCAGCUGUUUGGAGGAGAUAUAAAAGAUGGAGGUUUAUUUCCUCCUCCUUUGUCAGUUGGAAAAUCAAAAGGCCUCUUGGAACAGUUUGAGGAGAAAAAGAAAAGGGCAAAAGACAAAUAUGACAGUGAGACUCUAUACAACUUUGUUUCUAAUGUUAGAGAAAGCAUUCACAGGUUGCAGACGUCUGUGGAAAAGUCUGAGGAACAUCUCAGUUCAAGAAGCCAAUCUAUUUUGGAUUCUUUGGAGACUGUGGCCAAGACAUUACAAGAGACUGUGCAGGCCCAGAAUGACCUGGUGUUUGAGGCAGUCCAGGACAAAGGCAACAUGGAGCAGGCCAUCCUUGAGAUGAAGAAAAGAUCUGAAGCUAGACAAGCAGAGUUUAUAGAAAUGAAGUCCAACCUGAAGCACCUUGAAGUUUUAGUUGCUCAACAGAGUCAGGAAUUCCAGCAGCUGUGUGAGCAGCUAGGCCAGCUGAAUGUGCCCAGUGUCCUAGCAGAGCUGAAGAGAUUGAUCUCAGUGCCUCCAGUACCUGGGCAUGUAAAAGACAGCGCUUCUCAGACGUCACCACCUUUGGCCCAGAACCUCAAUCUCACCGGGCAGGAAAAAUACACCUUUGAGAAGCCAGUUUUAUGGCAGGCCCAGGCCCUCCCUGCUGCAUGGAAUCCUGGUAUGGGUUCCCUACAGCCUGGAGAAUUUGGUGUCUGGGGUGAAGGAGCAAAGAAUGAUGCUCUCCAAGAAGAGGCUGCACUGCCAGCAUUUGUGUCCCAUGAAAGAAAUAGGCAUGUAAAGGACAAGGCAGUGCAGACUAACUGCAAGAACUGGGCUGUUAUUAAAACAGGUGCCAAGAACUGUGGUUCCAGCAUCCAAGGCCAUAAGAUUCCUAGUGACAGGGACCUGGUUUCCCAAGGAGCCUCACAGCUCACAUCACUGGAGAUAAACAACUUUUCAACCAGCAUUAAGAAUGCCUGCCAAAAAUAUCAAGCCCAAAGUAUGUUUUUGUGUGACCCACGUGAACAUUUGGUGACUAAACAGAAAGAUGGGACUGAAGAAAUGCAGGGGAAAGACAAGAAGCAGCAGCCCAGGAAGGCCCACAGGGCCCACAGAGGCAGGCUCCUAGCCAGGAAGCAGAAACAAAUCCCAAACCAGACCUGUAAAUUCAAUUCCAAAUAUCAGAGUCCUCAGCCUGCAAUUUCUGUCCCACAAAGGCCCUUCCUGGGGCAGCAGGAACCCCAUGCUAAGCCUUUGCAUCUGCAGUAUCCCAGGAGCCCCAGAAAACCAGUCUUCCCUAUUCUGGGAGGAACAGUCAUGCCCAAUAAGACAGCAAGGGCAGUGCAGGGAAGACUCUUGCAGUUCAGCAGAUGCUCUUCCCAAGACAACAGGCUACUUUCCAGCAGUUCCCAGGGGGACCACCAGAUGAGCUGGUUCAGUGACCUCAAUCUUGGAUGUUCAGAGACCCCUCUAUGCAAGGAGGCAGGAAAGAAUUUGCUCUAUGACCUGGGUUUUGAUAGCAGUGAUGAUGAUGGCUUCUGACCAGCCCACAGUUAAUUUAUUGGUCUCAGCUAGAAAGACAAAUUGCAGGACAUUUGGGCUGGCCAAGAGCAGAAAGUCCCUGAAGCCUGCCAAGUACCCUAGGGUCAGAGGCCCUGCUGAGGUGGGGUCAGUGGGCACGAGGGGAGGGAAGGUCCAGCACUUUGGGUACCAGGUGCUGCCCACGACAAGGAUUAAGUGCAUCCUUAUUUGUUGGAAUGAAAUGUGAAAAUGGUGGUGAUGAGAGCUGAGGCAGCAGCCUGGUUGUGGUGCAUCUGGAGCCCCUGGGUGCCUGUACUUGGUGAAAGGCGGGCAGGCCUCCUUACGGAAUACUGUGUAGCAGAAGGGCUCUCAUAAAACUUGCUGUGGCAGCAUGACUCCAAACAACACUUUUGGGUCUUUAAAAUAUUCCCUACACAUGACCAGUACAUUUUCAGGCCUCAGGAUUUUUUUCUUUCUUAUUUUUAGCCACUUAUGCUGUCAGAGUGUUUGCAUUUUUUGAUCAGUAGACAUAUUACAGGACACCCUAUAUCUUCUUGUGAACAGAGAAAAUGAUAAGCCUGACAGUGAAAGAGGUGACAUGCACUAGCAAAUGUCCAGAGCAUCACUGCUCACAAGCCAUUUUUCUUCCUCGCUGCUUUUUCCCUUGUCCUGUUUUUCAAGCACUUUCUUAAAACUAAUAAUAUUGUAGACCUUGUAUUAUUUCUGAAGAGCAGUGGGCUUAUAUGGGACUUUGGCUUUCCAUUUAUAUCUUGCUGAAGUUUUUUGAAUUUUUGCAACACAUAUGUAUUUUUUGUUAUCAGAAAUAAAACAUUUAAAAGCA